AUGGCUGAUCCUGCUUUUGAUGAUGUUCGGGAUAUCCCUGCAAAUCAUCUGGCCGCUGUAAGCGACAAAGUGGGAGAUUAUCCUACCAUUCGAUCACUUCCUACCCCUCAACCAUCAUCACUGAAACCCGGAGAGGCGUUAGUCAGAGUCGUAUACGCUGGAGUAUGCCAUACAGACGUAGCUAUAACGCUUGGGACAGGUACAGACGAACCGGUUCUGCCAAUUAUCGGAGGACAUGAAGGAGCUGGCUACGUUGUGGCUCUGGGUGAACAUUUAGGACCAGGAAAAGGGUUGAAGAUUGGUGAUAGAGUUGGAAUCAAAUUUAUGAAAGAUAGUUGUUUGACAUGUGAUGAUUGUUUGGACGGUGCUGAAGAAUGUUGUGAAGAUCUUGAGAUAAGCGGAACGAACGUAGAAGGAUGUUUCCAACAAUUCAUCAAAUCUCGAACUGUUCAUCUAACACCAAUACCCGACGAUGUCUCGUUAGCCGAAGCCGCUCCUAUCUUAUGCGCCGGACUUACUACUUAUAAGGGAUUACUCAAUGCAAAUUUGAGAGAAGGUGAUUGGGUAGUCAUUCCAGGUGCAGGAGGUGGUUUAGGUCAUCUCGCUGUUCAAUAUGCUUUAUCACUGAAUUAUAGAGUUGUCGGCAUUGAUACGGGUGAUGAAAAGAAGAAAUUGUUAGAUAGUUAUGGUUGUCAUAAAUUCGUCGAUUUCGCUAUUGAAAAGGAUAUACCCAAAGCAGUCGAAAAAGCUAUCGGAGGUAAAGCAAAAGCUGCCAUUAUAACUACAGGUAGUAUCCAACCUUAUCAACAGGCUCUCGAAUAUUUAGGUACAAGAUCAACAUUGGUCUGUAUCGGAUUACCGCAUAAUGGUAAAAUCUCAAUAGAUCCAUGUCAACUAGUAUUAUUAUCAUCGAGAAUAGUAGGAUCAUCAUUAUCGAAUCGAGCAGAAGCGAAAAGGGCUUUAACUUUCGUAAGUAUGGGUAAAGUCAAACCGCAAAUCGAAAUUAGAGAGUUUGAACAAUUAGCAAAUAUCUAUAAAGAAUUACAAGCUGGAAAGGCAAAAGGUAGAAUCGUAAUUAAGCUGUUUUAG